GUAACAGUGUUAUAUUACUUAUUAUUUGCUAUAAAAGUAAAGGACUUGAUUAAAAGAAAUGAAAAAUUACGUAAUAUUCUAUUGUAUAUUUUUUAUUCUUUUCGGAAGUGACGCAGCAGACACAAAGGAUAAUGCGCCUUCUGGCCCUAAGCCCAAUGAAGAUAAUGGAACAGCUUUGAUAUUGACACCGUACAUUGAAGAAGAUCGCAUUGAUGAUGGGCGUAAGGCGGCCGAAGUGGACCCUGGGCUAUUUCUCGGAUUCAAGAGCUACUCGGGAUUUCUCACGGUCAACAAGACGCACAAUUCGAACAUGUAUUUUUGGUACUUCCCCGUACCAGACAAGCCCGUGAACGAGACGCCAUGGAUGGUGUGGCUGCAGGGAGGGCCGGGUGCGUCAAGCUUGAUAGGCCUUUUUGAUGAAAUCGGACCAUUCACAGUCAAUGAAGAAGGAAAUCUGGACCGUAACCCUCAUACGUGGCUUCGGAACCACUCGUUGGUGUUCAUCGACAACCCGGUCGGGUCCGGCUACAGCUUCACGGAACACGAGGAUGGCUUGGUCAAGGACGCGGAAACGUAUUCAAAGCACCUGUACAGCACGUUGCGGCAGUUCCUGGAACUGUUCCCGGAGCAGCGAGCAGCGCCGCUCGUCAUCGCGGGCGAGUCGUACGCCGGCAAGUACGUGCCGGCGCUGGCGAUGGAGGUCCACAAGCACAAGAACCUCCCUGGAGGAGACAUCAACCUCAGGGGCCUGAUGGUCGGCAACGGGUACGUGGACACUCGAAUGCUUGCGGAGAGCGCCAGGCCCUUCUACGAGUUCGGACUCGUGGACAUGGAGCAAGUACAAUUUUUGCAGCCGACGAUCGACUCUCUCCGCCGGGACAUAGAGGCAGGCAGAGUCACCAAGCAAGGAAGAUCGAAAUGGUUACAAAUUAGAAGAAAACUAACAGAAAUGUCUGGUGUGCCUGUUGUAUACAACUUUCUUGAAGACCACGCUUUUGUUGCUGGAUUAUUUGCCAAGUUUUUACUGAAGUCAGAAGUGAAGAGGGCGCUUCACGUGGGGGAUAUUAAAUUCACAGCUGCGAAUAUAACAGUAACCGCGGCUCUAAUAGGAGAGUUCAUGGUUAAUCCCAGACCAUGGUACGAGACGCUACUUAAUCACUACGAUAUUAUAGUGUUGUGUGGUCAACUGGAUCUGGCGCUGUCUUGUACGGUUGCGUCAGAGCAGUACCGCAGCUGGCAAUGGGACCAUAAGGACGAGUUUCUUAACGCAACCCGUUGUCCACUGCGUUUCGAAGGGAGAGUAGCUGGGUAUCACAAAACCGGCGGCCGCUUUACCGAGGUGGUGGUGCGCGGCGCGGGACACAUGACGCCGAAGGAUGCGCCCGCGCCGAUGCAGUGGCUCGCGGCGCAGUGGACGCACGCCCGGCCCCUGCCGCUCUCCGUGUGCCGGCCUCCCAGAAUAUAAAUCGUCCACUUGCGAUGACAAGUGUACCAUCACUAAAUUAUAAGUUAGAGAUGUCACACUGUAGUUGCAAGAGGUCGAAAUGCUUGCGGUAGUUCGAUCCAAAACCUCUCGUGAUAAAUUCAUUGGCGUUGCGAAUUCGACUGUACAAGCCAUUAUUGUUUGCAUAUUUACUAUUAAACAUAAUUAUGUUACCUAACUUUUUAUUGCGGUUGCAAAUUGUUCAUACAUUGCUUGUUAGCUCUGAAGCGGCGAUUCAAAACUUUCCGGUCGAUAUUGUGUAAAGGUUUUUGCUAUAGCCAUAUACGUGCGGAAAGUUAUAAAAUAUACAUAAUAUCUACUUACAGUAAUUUGUAAUAUAUGCCUACUUCAUAAUAAUUUUAAACGACGGACUA